AUGUCGAAUAGAGCACGAGGCCAAGCGGUGGCAGACGCAGAAACGCAAGAAAAGGAACGAUUACGAUGGGCCGCCGAGGCUCAAUUCUCCACCACCAGGGCAUUCAUUCCACGCACCGAGAAGUCAAGUCUCUUUUUGCUGCAGUGCGCCGCGGAAGGGAACUUGCUUAUUUCCACCCCCCCAUGGAAUCCCCUCAGCAGCAAUCACUGGUCAGCGGCCUUUCCAAGGCCGCCAAGCCCAGACAAGCCCGCAGCCACCGGCGGCCCCACUAGAGAAGGUAAAUCGCUGACCUUUCACUGUUCAGACUGCAGAGCUUCAGGGUGGUGGCCCUGGCCCCGCGAGCGCGCGUGGGUGGAUUACAAAGUGUGGAUAGGAAAUCUGCACUAUUUGUUCCGUGCUUCCCGCCGACAAAACGUCACCACCACUGUAUCCGAGAUCGAGGGUCCCACCAUCGGCCACACUCCCCUCUCUUUUGCCCACUCGCUCACCCACUCACUCAUCCUGCUCGCUCGCUCACUCACCCAGCUCAUACUCCGUAUCCCCCGUCAGAUCCGUCUCCAAAACGUCAUCCAGGGCCCGUCUUCGGAACACGGAAGUAAAGAAACGGAACCCAAAAAAGUAGCAACCAAGCCAGGUGGACCAUGA